AUGACAGGAUCAAACUUUGAGCAGAUUGCUAAUUUCGACGUGGAAUACGCUCCUUCUUCCAUCAAGAAAUGGAGAUCUAAAAGAACUGGUCUUCAAGCUGUUCAUAUUGAUAAAGAAUCACCAAUUGUUAAUGGGUUUUUCGCUGUUGCUACUGAAGUGGAAGAUGAUAGUGGUACUCCUCAUACAUUAGAACAUUUGGUAUUUAUGGGAUCUAAGAAAUAUCCUUAUAAAGGUUUAUUAGAUACUUUAGGUAAUAUUGCAUUUUCUUCAACAAAUGCUUGGACUGCUACUGAUCAAACUGUUUAUACUUUAACCACUGCUGGUUGGGAAGGUUUUAAAUUAUUAUUACCAAUCUAUUUGGAUCAUAUCUUAAAUCCAACUCUUACAGAUGAAGCUUGUUAUACCGAAGUUUAUCAUGUUGAUGGUGAUGGUAAAGAAAAAGGUGUUGUAUUUUCUGAAAUGCAAGGUAUUCAAAAUCAACCAUGGUUUUUAUCCGCUUUAGAUACUCAAAGAGCCUUAUAUCAUGAAAAAUCAGGAUAUUCCUCUGAGACUGGUGGGCUUAUGGAAAAUUUAAGAGUCUUAUCAAAUGAUACAAUUAGAAAAUUUCAUGAAUCUUCAUAUAGACCAAGUAAUCUUUGUGUUAUAUUAACUGGUACAAUUGAUGAAUCAGAAUUUUUACAAUUAUUAGAUAAAUUUGAUGAUGAAUUACCUGAUUUAAAUAAUGAAAGUGAAAUUUAUAGACCUUUUGUUGAUUCAAAAUAUCCAAUUAUUCCAUUACCACAAAAAAUUAUUAAAACUAUUGAAUUCCCUGAUAAAGAUGAAUCUCAUGGUGAAUUAAGUAUUAGUUGGAUUGGUCCAAAACAUGAAGAAUAUGAAGAAGACCUUGCAAUCACUUUGUUAUUAGAUUAUUUAACUGAAUCUUCAGUUGCUUUAUUAACCAAAAAUCUUGUUGAAAUUGAUGAACCUUUAGCAAGUGAUUUAGAAGCAAAUACUGAUGAUUAUACACAUACAAUCCCAUAUAUUAAAUUAAAUGAUGUUCCAACUGAUAAAUUAGAAUAUGCUAAAAAUGAAUUAUUUAGAUUAUUAAAAGAACAUGCUACUGUGGAGAAUUUUGAUUUAACAAGAGUUCGUGAAAUUGUGGCAAAUGCAAAAGAUAAAUUAAUCUUUGCAGUGGAAAAAUCUGAAGAUAUCCUUGCAGAUUCUGUUAUUACUGAUUUCUUAUAUUCAGAUUUAGAAGGGAAAUAUCUUUCAACUAAUUUAAGAGCUUUAAAUGAUUAUAAGGCAAUUUCUGAAUGGUCAAUUGAACAAUGGGUUGAUUUAUUUCAAAAAUAUUUAAUUAAUAAUCAUCCAGCUAUUGUUAUUGCCAAACCAUCCAAGGCAUUAUAUAAGAAAGUUAAAGAUGAUAAUAAAAAAUUAUUACAAAAUAGAAAAGAAAAAUUAGGUGAAGAUGGAUUAGCUGAAUUAAAGGAAAAAUUAGAUAAAGUUCAAGCUAUUAAUGAUGCACCAAUUCCAAAUGAAAUUUUAGAAUCUUUCCCUAAACCAGAUCCUUCAAAAAUUAAAUUUAUUAAUACAACUUCAAUUGCAGUUGGUUUAAAUAAAGAUUAUGAAAAUGAUUUAUCAAAUGAAUUUGUUUCUAAAAUUUUACAAAAUACUCCUCAAAAUUUCCCAUUAUAUAUAAAUAUCGAUCAAUUUAAAUCAGAAUUUAUUUCAAUUGAUAUUUUAUUAUCUUCAUUAGAAAUCCCACAAGAUUUAUUACCAUAUUUUGAUAUUUUUUCAGAAUUAUUUACAUUACCUUUAGAAAUCAAUGGUAAAACAAUUCCAUAUGAGCAAGUUAUUAAAGAUUUACAAAAUGAUACAGUGGAAGCUUAUUUCUAUACUGCUUUUAAUAAUCAAUUUAGUGAAUUAAUUGAUGCUAAAAUUCAAGUUAAAAAACAAGAUUAUUAUAAGGCAAUUGAUUGGUUUAAGAAAAUUUUUUGGAAUACAAAAUUUGAUGAAUCAAGAAUUAAAGUUACUGUUGAUAAAUUAUUAAAUGCAUUACCAUCUACAAAAAGAAGUGGUAUGUCAAUGUUAACUUCUUUAACUGUUAGAACUUCAUUCACUGAAAGAUCUAUAAAACAUGCAAAAGAUUCAUUAUAUACUGAAAAUUUUUUCAAAGAAAUUUCAUCCAAGAUUGAAAAUGGUCAAUUUAAAGAAAUUGAAGAAAAUUUAGAAUCAAUUCGUUCAAAAUUAUUUAAUACCAAUAAUCUUAGAAUUAUUAUAAGUGGUGAUUUAUCAAAUAUUGAAAAUCCAAUCAAAUCAUGGGAACAUUUAAUUCAAAAUCAACCAAUUUCCUCUAAACCAUUAGUUCCAAUCCCACGUACUUUUAACGUUCGUACAGAAUUAGGUAAAUCUUUAUCUAAAAAAGUUAAAAUCAUUACAGCACCAGCUUCAGAAUCAACAUUUUUAUUAGCAUCAACUAAAGUUCCAACAGAUUAUCAUAAUGAAGAUUCUGCUGCAAUUGCAUUAGCUGCAUCUUAUUUACAAGCUGUUGAAGGUCCAUUUUGGAGAGGUAUUAGAGGUACAGGUUUAGCAUAUGGGGCAAAUGUUUCAAGAAGUGUUGAAACUGGUCAAUUAUCUUUUGAUAUUUAUAGAGGUGCUGAUGCUAUUGGUGCUUUUAAAGUUGCUUCUAAGAUUGUUAAUGAUUUAGCUGAUGGUACUGUUAAAUUGGAUAAGAAUUUAAUUCAAGGUGCUGUUAGUAGUUUAGUUAAUUCAAUUGCUUCAUCAGAAUCUAAUUAUUAUACUGCAGCUGCUACAAAAUAUGUUGAUAAUGUCUUGAAGAAAAGAGGUCCAGAUUUUAAUAAUAAAUUUAUUGAACAAAUUUCAAAAAUUACUGAAGAUGAUUUAGUUAAAGUUUUACAAAAAUAUUAUGUUAAAUUAUUUAAUUCUGAAUCUUCAGUUAUUUUCAUUUGUUCUCAUCCAUCAAAAGCUAAAGAAUUGAAUGAUUUUUUCACUGAUUUGAAAUAUGAAGUUUCAGUUGAAGAAGUUCCAAGUUCAAAAGAUGAUCAAGGUGAUGAAGAAGAAGAUGAUGAUGAUGAAGAAAUGGAUUCUGAAGAAUAUACAGAUGAAUCAGGUAGUGAAGAAGAUUCAGAAGAUGAAUCUGAUGAAGAAUAG